AUGGAAUGCAAGGAGCCGACAUUAGCAUCAAGAAUCACAAGUCACGUAUGUAGUCUCUACUCUGUUAAUCAUGACAUCUACGUUUCUCAAAUCAAUUGUCCAACCACAGCUCGAACACGGUCAAAAGAAAAUAAAAAAACUUCCAUAACAAUACCUUCUGAAGGUAUUUCAGCCGGGGAGCUUCAUUUGAUGUCAAAUGUUUUACAAAAAUUUCAAAGACACCUUGAGGCCGUAUCUAAUUUGGGUGAAAGACUUUCACAUUUGGGAAUUCUGCGACCUGGUGACAUCCAUUCAAUAAUUUCAAGCUUCCCUCAGGUCCAAUCCCAGACGACAGGUCAACUUAAUUUGAGUUCUCAAACUAUAGCAAAGCCAUUAAAUUUGUAUCUCAGGGGAUUAAAGCCCGUGAAACAGGUGGCGGACCGAGAUGAAUACAUCAAUCUAUUCACAGCGUUUAUGGAAAAUUACAUAGCUUUCAAGGAUUGUGUUGAGUUGGCAUUGAGCUCCGCAGAAAGAGCAUAUUCACAAGCAACUCAGCCGGUUCAAAACACCUUAUCCAAGGUAUCUGAUUGGAGUACAACUACUAUCACAGCCCAAGAUCACAGAGAGUUGUCCAGUGAAUCAUCGGAAAGUGAUUCCUCAGAGCUGAUUGUCAGAAUGCUGGUCCCCAAUAUGGAAUAA